UCGCCCCUUUUAUAGACCGGUUGCUACCUGCUCGAAGCGGACUAUUAGGUAUAAAAGCCCACUCUACAGUGAGCCAAAGCAGAAGCAUCUGCUCCUCCAUCCCACUAGGACCACCACCAUGCUCCGUGCCUGCAUUGUCCUCGCCUUGGCCACCUGUGCCUUUGGUCACCCACCCAGCAGCUACACCCUCGCCAGUAACCUCGGUUAUGGACUUGGCUAUGGCAACCUCGGCUAUGCUGGCCUUGGCUACGGUGGCCUUGGGCUCUCCCAUUAUGGCCUUUCCCAUGGAGUUGGUUACUCCGGCCUGACGGGCUAUGGCGUUGGUUACGGAUACGGAUACGCCCCAGCCGCUAGCUACGCCGUCGCUGCUCCAGCUGUUACCCGCACCGUUUCCACCUACCACGCAGCUCCAACCGUGACCGCUGUCCACGCCGCCCCAGCUGUGACUGCUGUCCAUGCUGCUCCAGCCGUCACCGCUGUCCACGCCGCCCCAGCUGUCGCCACCUAUGCCGCUGCCCCAGCUGUCACCCGAGUGGUCCAGUCCACUCCUCUUGUCCAGACCUAUGCUGCCGCCCCAGCUGUUACCAGGGUGGUCCAGUCCGCUCCUCUUGUCCAGACCUACGCUGCUGCCCCAGCUGUUACCAGGGUGGUCCAGUCCGCUCCUCUUGUCCAGACCUACGCUGCUGCCCCAGCUGUUACCAGGGUGGUCCAGUCCGCUCCUCUUGUCCAGACCUACGCUGCUGCCCCAGCCCUGACCGCUGUCCACGCUGCUCCAGCUGUUGCUACCGUUUCCCACGCUGCCCCAGCCGUUGCUUCUUACGGCGUUGCCCACUCUGCCCCAGCAGUCGCUACCUACAGCGUUGCUCACGCUGCCCCAGCGGUCGCUACCUACGGUGUGGCUCACGCCGCUCCAGCCUACUACGGCUACGGUGUUGGCUCUCUCGGCUAUGGUGCCGGCAGCUACGGCUACGGCCACGGUCUCCUCGGCUAUGGCCUGAACUACGGCUAUGGUCUUGGCUCCCCUCUGAGCUACGCCACCCUCCUCCGCAAGAAGAAGUUUUUACUUACAAAGCAAGCGCGUGUACUCUUGCAACAGAUUACUCAAGUAUCAAAGCAAGCAUUACAUCUUUCUCGCCCCUUGUAUAGACCGGUUGCUACCUGCUCGAAGCCGACUAUUAGGUAUAAAAGCCCACUCGACAGUGAGCCAAAGCAGAAGCAUCUGCUCCUCCAUCCCACUAGGACCACCACCAUGCUCCGUGCCUGCAUUGUCCUCGCCUUGGCCACCUGUGCCUUUGGUCACCCACCCAGCAGCUACACCCUCGCCAGUAACCUCGGUUACGGACUCGGCUAUGGCAACCUCGGCUAUGCUGGCCUUGGCUACGGUGGCCUUGGGCUCUCCCAUUAUGGCCUUUCCCAUGGAGUUGGCUACUCCGGCCUGACCGGCUAUGGUGUUGGUUACGGAUACGGAUACGCCCCAGCCGCUAGCUACGCCGUCGCUGCCCCAGCUGUUAGCCGCACCGUUUCCACCUACCACGCUGCUCCAGCCGUGACCGCUGUCCAUGCCGCCCCAGCUGUCGCCACCUACGCUGCCGCCCCAGCCGUGACCAGCGUUGUACGCUCUGCUCAAGUCGUUGCUGCUGCGCCAGCUGUCACCAGAGUGGUCCAGUCCGCUCCAGCUGUCACCUACGCUGCUGCUCCAGCUGUCACCAGGGUGGUCCAGUCCGCUCCAGCUGUCACCUACGCUGCCGCCCCAGCUGUCACCAGGGUGGUCCAGUCCGCUCCUCUUGUGCAGACCUACGCUGCUGCCCCAGCUGUUACCAGGGUGGUCCAGUCCGCUCCUCUUGUCCAGACCUACGCUGCUGCCCCAGCUGUGACCGCUGUCCACGCUGCCCCAGCUGUUGCCACCGUUACUCACGCUGCCCCAGCCGUUUCUACUUACAGCGUUGCCCACGCUGCUCCUGCCGUCGCUACCUAUGGCGUUGCCCACGCUGCCCCAGCCGUCGCUACCUACAGCGUUGCCCAUGCUGCCCCAGCCGUC